AUGUCAAAGGGCAAAGAAAAAGUUAGCAGCAACAAGCAAUUUAGGUGGCUGCCACCCAUGCAUGAGAUGAUGCUUAGGAUACUUACAGAGGAGGCUACAAAGGGCAAUAAGCCCUCUAAUACUUUUAGGGCCGGCUCCUUUGCUCUUGUAGCGAAGGAGAUAACGGCCCAAUUCGGGGUUGAGGGCCACCCGUCCUAUGUUGACAACCGGAUGCGAACUCUAAGGACCAUGUGGUCCACUAUUCAAACUCUUAGAAAGAAGAGUGGAUUUGGGAAGGACACAGCCACAGGUGGCUUUUCUAAGUCCUAUGUGGAUAUCGAAAAUGAGCCAAAGAAUGGGGAUAAUGGGGAUAAUGCGGAGUUUGUUGCAGAUAAUGUGGAGGAAUGUGUGGUUGAAAAAGAGAAGAACGCAGUUGAAUCAUCCACCAUUGGGUCGAGAAUUUCCAAGUCCCGCAAAAGAGGGCGUGCAACUUCUAAUGCUGAUGAUAAUGUGCUGACUGAUCUGUCUGAUCAGCUGAAAGAAAUAGUUGUCGCUCUGAAAGAAAUCAAUCGGGGCCCAGUAGAUUACACAGCUUUGUACAAUGAGGUAAUGGCUAUGAUGGCGGAUGGAUAUAGCGAAGAUAUGCUCGCUACUACCUUCGACCAUCUUUGUGAAAAUGAGAAGACGGCACGUGGAUUUUUAGCCAAGAAUGCUAGGUUGAGGAAGCUGUGGUUAGAUGGUUAUUUUUUCUCACAAAUUUGA